AUGGAUUUUCAAUGUUAUCACGAGGAGGAGACUGAAGGAAGUGAAGAUGCUAUGUUUGAGGGUGGAGUGGAAUGGACUUUAUACAGCGAAUUCGGAGGGUGGAGUUUAGAAGUUAUUGAGAAUGAUACCCAUUCUUCCUCAGACGAGCCAGGAAGGCCGAGCAUCAGUGGCUACAGGACUGGGGAGGUGCUGGUGGCCGGGGAGAGACGAACGCUUGUGUGUCGUGUGUCAGGUGGCAAUCCUCGUCCCUGGCUCACCUGGCACCGUCGUGGCCUCCUCCUGGAUGACACCACCACUGCAGAUGCUACCGGUGUCAUCAACACUCACCAACUGACAGCCACUGCUGCUGAUGACGGUGCUGUCUACGAGUGUCGCGUCAACAGUGACCUGCUACAACAGCCACUGCUAGCCAAUGUCUCUCUUACCGUCUACUAUGCCCCUUCCUCAGUCAGUGUUUCGGGGCCAUCCCAGGUGCAGGAAGGUGCAGUUGUUUCUCUUACCUGUGAGACCAGUGAAUCGAAUCCUCCUGCCUCUCUCACUUGGCUGGUUAAUGGGGAGGAAAUGAGCUCUUCGCGUGAGAUCAUGAGCCGAGUGAGCACGGGUGGGUGGGCUACCUCCUCCGAGCUGACUUACGUCGUCAGCAAGUCAGCCCAGGACAACCAGGUAGCUGCAGCAAGCAGCGAGCUCAAGGUGGAGUGUCGCGCCAUCAACCCUUCCAUCGAGCAACGGGUGUCCAAAACCAUCACCAUGACCAUUACUAGUGAGUGCUCAGCCUUCCUUCCCCUCAAGGACGGUUCCUUGAUGCUGGUGAGGGGCUCUCCAGCAGGGCCGCCAGUCUUCGAAGGCAGCCCGCAGGAGGAAGUGGUAGCGGGAACCAUGGUUGAGCUCACCUGCAGUAGCCGUGGAGGGCAGCCACCUCCCACCAUCAGAAUCUACAAGGAGAACGCUGCUAUUCCUUCUCAGAUGAGCCAAGGCCACAACGUCACGAGGGCUACGUCCACGGUGGAGGUCACUCCUGUGGACAACGGCGCUAAAGUCACUUGUGAAGUUACCAACCCCGCGAGCACAAUGCCACUCACCAUCUCCUUCAGACUCGCCGUCAGAUUUGCACCGUGGGAAGUGACAGGCUUGGUACUGCCAGCCACAGUGGAGGAGGGAGCAAUAGUGAGACUCUCGUGUGAGUCUUCCUCCAGUAUUCCGUCCUCCAACAUCACCUGGACAUCUGACGGCAUCACCAUAGAUAGUGCCACCAUCACUACCACUCAGGCUGCCUUCGGUGGCACCUCGACCAGACCAGAACAAUGUGUCAUUGAUGUUAACACUCGGUGUGAGGUACUUUCUGUAGAGUUGAAAAAGCACACUGUGUGGAGUGUUUGCCACUUAAGUGAACUAGCGUACUUUGAAGGAUUAGCCACAGUAAUUGGUCUUCACACCGCGAGGGUGAAAGACGAUCUCAAGAGCUUCUACCGUAAAUCGUUAAAGCCAGAUAAACAACAUGCUACGGGAAGGAUUUUAGCGUCCGGCGUGGGCGUGGCAAGGCUGGUGAUGGAGCCAGCGACACGGGCUGACACAGGUGUUUAUUUAUGUCACGCCCGAAACCUAGUGGCGUCGGCACCACCAGCAAAGGCCUAUCUGGUGGUCUCAUAUGGAGUGACCGCAGUUGAGUACCAAGAAGAAGUGUCUUGGGCGGCCGUGGGCGGCAGCGGGCAGCUGAUGUGUCAGGUGCGGGCCGCUCCUCCUCCCACCUUCGUCUGGAGCAGUCAGAGUGGACUCAUCCUCCUCAACAGUGACAAGUUCAAAAUCCAUGAACCUGAGCUGCUGGACGGACUGCUGCUGUGGGCCUCCACGUUAGAAGUUAGAAACGUUGCACCUGAGGACUACACCAGUUACAGAUGCACUGCUCAUAACUCUCUAGGCGCCCAUACCGUCCUGCUCACUCUCAAGCCACCCGCACGCCCACACCCGCCCACAAACUUCUCCGUGAGCAAGGUGACGGGAGGGGAGGUGUGGCUCACCUGGUCGCCCAGCCUGGAUGGUGGCGCCCCUAGCGGCUACACUCUCAAGUACAAAUCCGCAAAUGCCAUUGAAUAUAAGGUAUGUGUUGAGUUGUCAGGUGGAGGUGCGAGGUCAGCCAGGGUGUCAGGACUAUCAGCAGCAACAGAGUACACAGCAGCCAUCCAGGCCAGCAACGACCACGGCAGAUCACACUUCGUCUCCCUCUCCUUCUUUACUUUACUUGGCAAGAGCGACGGACCUACCAGUCUGCAGGGUCUGGCGGUGGCCACGAGCGGGCUGCCGGGAGGAAAUGAUGAGGAGAGUCCUGAGGGAGGCGGUGACGAGGGUAACACCAGCCAGGGCUCCUCCAGGGUACCUCGUCUUAUUCUGCUUAUCAUGACGCUGACAGGGGCAGCUCUUCUCGUCCUCAACAUCUCCAUCAUCGCCUGCUUCGUGCGUCGCCGCGCUGUUAACAGACAGCCAUCUAUGACAUCGUCCUCCAAGAGCUCUGCUCUGGGAUCCAGCGGAGCCACACCAGUGCCCACUCCAGCAAACUCCAACCAUUUACUCCCACUCUCAACUAUGUCUUCGAACAACUUUUCUAACAUUCCAACAGGAUAUCAGACGAAGCUGGAAGAGAGUGAGAUGAUGACUCUAGCCACAAGUGACAUCUCCAUCAGCUCCAACACCCACAUGAUGCCUCGUCACAACGGAGGCAUCAUUACUACCCAGAGCACCUUGUUAGUCCUCAACAACACCGCUCCCAAGACCACUCAAGCUGCUGCAGCUGGCCCCUCACAGCAGUGGACCGAAGGGGAGUCCUCAUCGAGCGGAAGUGUGUCACCUGACGAAGGGGGACUAUCCCAGAGACAACACGAUCUGGUGAAUUUCACAACCGAGCCCGACGUCUGUUCCGUGGGCUCAAGCUUCUAUGACAACACACUGCAGGAGGUCCACCGCAGAAGGAGCUCUGAUACAUACCCAGCAGACGACCAGUACUCCCUGUGCUCAAGUCGAAGCAACAACUCUAGAGUGUAUGCCCAAGGAUACCUCCGUCCCCUGUCUUCUCUAGGGGGACUACAGCAGCAACAGGCUACUCCACAGCUUAUCCAAGACACCCUUCACGCCAUCCCACGUUUAUCACCUGGGCAACAGCGUCUGGCGCAGCAAAACCUGCCUGAAUAUUCGAGUCUAAAUCCAUCUGGGCUUUACAGCCUCAGAACUGAGAACCCAGACUCCAAACACAGUCUGAUAUCAUUCACAGCAGGAGGAGCAGGCAGCAGCACCCCGCCAGGGUAUUCCACCUUGGGCCCUCGUCAGCGUCGAACAAAGCCAACAAGCUUCAGUGCAAUUCAGCGUCGCACUCGCUCGGUCCGCGACACUCUGCCCGCCUCCAGUCACUACGAUAACCUUGACCUGGCUUCUCGCCUCCAACAGGAAGGUCUUCAAUAUGAAAUGGGUAGCUUUAGCAUACAGGGCCACGCACACCAACACGAGAACAGUGGAUCGUCUGGUUACAGCAGCAGUCCUCACCAAGAAGUCAGGAGGAGCUUGACUUCCAAUUCACGACUGUUUGCUGGAGAGACUACAGACACUGAGAAUACGAAGGAGGUGCCAGAGGCGUCAUCCGCUAGCAUUAAGACGUGUGAGGAUUCCCCUGACAGCAGCCAGGCCUCCACCUCGCGGGAAAGCUCUAACAAAACGCCAACACUAAGCCAUAGUGUAAGGAGUGAUCAGGAUCCUCGUGCCGGCUCUCACACACACGCUCACGGUAAAAACAGGGAGAGAUAAAAUUUACAUGAUCUAUGAUUUUACGGAAAACAUGAUCGGAUGGUGUUGCAAAUAUUUUUAUACAUGUAAAGCAUUACAAAGAUUUAUGAAAAUAACUAGAAAGAAAUGGA